AGACAUUUCUUCUAUUCAAUCACAUAAUUUCAACACAAAUUGGACACAUUGGGAAAGCCAUUAUAACCCUAUUGCUACUAUAGACAAUGAUUGCUAUGCUGGCAUCAUGGAUAUCCCCAACUAUGAUGAAUG